AUGAUCAGCAGGCUCCUUCGGCAUUUGAAAUGGUCGGAGCUCCAGCUCACUGAGGAAUUUCGCUCCUUUGCAGUGCAAUUGUCCAACCCGAAAGAAAAUCUUGUACAAUACGAGCACUGGAAGUCAGAUAUCGAACGAAGCAUUUUGUCCGCAUUGGCGAAGUCACAGGAUAACCAACUAUUUAUAUCACUUUCUAAAGUCGAUGAGGGGUUUCGAGCAUCGUUUCUCGAGCUGUUGAGAAACGAGUUUCCCCACUUUCACACCACUAUACUAUUCGACCAUAUCACUACAACUUCGUCCUCUAGAGAGUCGUUGUGUUUAAAAACGGCACGGGCUUUCGCUGGUGAGGUUGGAAGUCAUUUCCGAGUGUUGGUGAUCCCGAUGGAGAACUUUGGUUCCUUUGCAGUAUUGCAGUGGGUGAGGGACAGUCUCAGUGGGAUUCCGAGCAAAGCCAAACCGCAGUUUUCCCGAGAAAACAAUGAGGCCCUUCUCAAGUUUGCAGAAGUCCUUCACGAAGAUGCAAGAAAGCGAAGUAUGGAAGUACGGCUGGCUCCUGUUGCCAGACUCAUAUUUUCUCUGAACGUCGGACGCUCAGGAUCGAAGUAUUUGUCAAAGAUUCUUGCGUCCGUGAACGAAGUGAUUUCUGCAAAUCACGAGGUUCCCUGUGGCAAUGGUUACUGCUCUGGAGGAGGGGCUGUCCGAAUGCAAAAUGUUUCGCUACGGGCAUCGUAUCAAUCACGGGCAUCGGUGAAGUUACCCUUGAUCAGAUCUGAAGUAUCGUCAACGUCGGGAAAGAGCAAUAAGACAAGUUUUAUGACAAGAGGGUGCGGUUGGUCGGAGCACGGGGGUGCCUUCUGGUCGGCAGCCUUCCCACACGAGAGGGCAAAACACGGGGCGACAGUGGUUGACAUCGGGAGCAAUACUGGAUGCAGCAUACACACGGUCCGGGACGUCGUGUACGCUGAGACCAACCCGAACUUCAAGUCGUGGUUUUAUGACGUGGUCCUUGACAAGCUCCCACAGUCUGGGUAUCGCAUCGACGUUGUUGUGAUCAGGAGAUAUGUUGCGGCGGUGCUAAAAAGCAUGUAUGAAACCGGAUACUUCACAAGUCGAGAUGGGUACAACUGGAUGGAGACAGCGGCUGGCGCAAACUCAAAUAUCAAAAUCAAAGAGUUGCAGAAUGAUGGCGAGUUGGACGCAUAUGAGAAAAUCUUGUCCUACGUGCUAGCAUCAGAAGCGCGGUUCCGGCACAUACAAAAAGCAUAUGGCGGUGUCAUGGUGGAAAGCGAAGAGUCAGAAAGACGGGUGGAAUUCAUAGAAACGCGAUCCGAAGAGCUAUUUUCGAGGAACGGAACGCUUAAACUGCUGCGAAGGCUGAACCUUGCGCCAUCCUCGGCAACGGGUAAACUCAUCGGUGUUAUCAAUGACAAGUACCGAGGCGGAGGGGCGAAGAAGCGACGGCUGCACACAACACUAGACGAAUGUGAAGAAAGAGUUGCUGGGUUUUUGGAGAAACUGCGAGCGGGAAACCCUGACGUGGGCGCCCUGUUGAUGUCGUUGGACCGUUUCCCGGGCUUUGACUACGCGCGGUGA